AUGACUGGUUCAUUAACAGAACAACCACUUCCAUCAAUUCCAACAAUUGCUUCCUAUUUAAAACAAGGAGAUGAACGAAAAAAAUCAUUAGAAAAUUCAUCAAACAAUGGGACUUCAUCCACAGAAACUGCUAAAUAUUUAGACGAACAAUACUAUCCAUCUGUUGUUUUAAAAUCUUCAAAAGUAUUUUCGAACGGUGAUAAUAAUAAAGAAUACAAUAUGCCUACAACACAACAUUUGCAAUAUAAUUCUCCAAUGGCUCUUUAUUCAAGAGAGUCUGCUGAAGAACAGUAUCGACAACAAACAGCAGGAAUUAAUGCUCAACCAAUACCAAUAUCAACACCUGAUCGCCAUUUCGAUCCUUCAAAAUCAAAAACUUUAGAAUAUAUUAAAUCAGGUGUUAAUGAUGAAGAUUUUAUAACACCCCAUUUUUUUGAUAAAGUUAAUCAAGCUGAAGCACCCCAUGUACCUAUACAACCAGAACCAACAUGGGCACGUGAAGCUAGAGCUCGCUCAGAACGUGCUAGAUCAAAAACUCCAGCAAAUUAUGGAAAUAAUAAUUACUAUGAUCAGGAUCAAAAAAAUUAUUAUGGUGGUGAACAAGAAUAUUUUCAAAAAAAUUAUGGUUCACAACAACCUAAUGAUGGUGCAUUUUAUAAUUCAAAUCAAAAGUACAACACUUCAAAUUAUAAAAUGAAUUCUUCAAAUGAAUAUAAUAAUAGACAAAGAGAUAAUAUUUAUACAUGCGGACCAACAUUAUCACCUCCGGAACGCCCGUUUUCAAGUUACAAAAAUUCUUCUAAUUACCAAAAUAGUCAACAAGAAUAUGACAAAUAUGAUGCUCCAUCAAAGAAGGGCUAUCAAUUUGGUGGAAUGGAUUAUAUUGAUCAUAACAAUCCACAAUUUCAAUUAUCUUCACAAUAUUAUGUAUCUAAUCAAAAUAAUAGAGCAUCAUCUGUAGGAAGAGACGUUCGUCCUGGAUACCAAUAUGGUGGUACAGAUUUUAGAAGAGAUGAUAUACCAAUUGGAUAUAAUCCAAAUUAUCAUGGACAUGCAGCUGAAAAACCACGCUUAAGAUCAAGAUAUGAUGCUGAUCCUAGAAUUCCUAUUAAUAAUUAUGUUGCGCCAAAUGUUGAGGCUGUUGAUCCUGUAACACUUGUUGGAGAUACAAUCUCAAAUCAAAGAGUCUGUAGAUCAAAAGAAAGAUCAGAGGAACAAAAAAAAUAUAUUGGUACUAUAUUUGCACCAGCUCCAGGUCAUACAAGUGCUUUAAGAACUGUAUCACCACAACCAAAAGUUCCUGAACCAAUUUGUUAUUCUACAAAUGUUGAAACAUUAGAAAAAACAAGAUCAAAAUCUGCUCAACCACGAAGUAAUACUGCAACACCAGCUUUUCAAAAUUCUGGGCAACAAUAUUAUAAUAAUCAAUAUAAUGCAUGGGAGCCGCAAUAUUACGACAAUGAUACUAAAGAGGUGAACGUUAAAACCCUUCUUACUGAUGAAGCGCUAAGACCUAUUAGGCGUUCUCAUACCCCUGAUUGGAGUCACAGAUCCCAUCAAAAGCAUGUUGCUUGGCAAAAUGAUGUAGUCGAUCCAAGAUAUAUUAGACCAGAGAUACAUCCACAAGAACCAAAUUGGAGUAAAACUGUUAACCAACGUCGCAAUCAUUGGGAAAAUAAAUGUAGAGAUGCUGAUGCACGUGUUCAAUUACCUGCUUCAUUUAAAGUUCCACCACCAAAAACACCUCAUUGGGCUCAUCAUGCUAAUCAAAAACAUCAAAUUUGGGAAGCAGCUGCUAAUAGUACAGGAAUAAAUCAAGGGCAACAAAAUUAUAAUUAUCAAUAUAAUAAUGGUUUUAGUAAUAAUCAAAGAAAUACAAAUUAUCAUUUUACAGAAGAUAAACAUUCUUCUUAUAGUAGAACAGCAACUGGAGAACAACCACAACAUUAUGAAACACAUACUCAUAAAGAGACACAUACACCAAAUCGUAAUGUUACUUCAACACAAGCUAUUCCAUUGCCACCACCAACAAAUUAUCAACAUUCUCAUCAACAACAAGAAAAUCAAACUAUUCAUCGUAAUGAAAGUAAACAAAACCAAUUUUCAAGUAAUAGAAUGAAUCAAGAAUUUUCUAAUCGCAAUGUUGGAGCACCAGUAUCAUUACCACCACCAAUAAAUUAUCCUUCAAAUCAAACAAAACAAGAUAAUAUAACUUACCAUUUUACUGAAGAUAGACAUCAAAAAUAUAGUUGUAAUAAGACAGGAGAAGAACCAAGAUCAUAUGAAACACAUACUCAUAGAGAAUGUCAUACACCAAAUAAUUUUGGUACACAAAUUUCAUCAAACCAACCAAUUUCAAUGAUUACAACAGAUACUUUUAAACCAAAUAUUGAUAAUAAUAAUAUAUCUUAUCAAUUCAAAGAAGAUAGACACGAAAAAUAUUCAUCUUUAAAAAGUGGUGAAGAACCUAAAUCAUACGAAACCCAUUCACAUAGACAAUAUGGAACACCAUUAGGAGGUAUUCAAAAAAAUGUAACAUACAAUUAUAAUACCACUCCAGCAAAAGUAACAAAUAAUGGAGGAACUAUUCAAACAUCAGCAUGGAAUAAAACAACAACACAAAAGACAACAACUCGCGAGUCAGUUGAAAAACCAAUACCACCACCACGUUACAAUGUUGUUCGUGAUUCAUCUAAUUUUUAUAAAAAAGAAACAACAAAUAGUAGUACUAAAAAUAUAAUAAAAGCAGAUGAAUCAAGAAAUAUCAAUGAUAAUAAUCAAACAACAGAAUAUAAAUGUAGUGGUAAAGAAGCAUAUAAUAGAUUAGCAGAAAUGAAUGAAACAUUACCAAUUGGUUCAAUUUCUAAUACCAUUGCAAAUACAACUGGAAUUUAUAAAGAUGAACAAGGUAAAGAUGUUAGUUACAAACGUGAAUUAACAACAUCUGCUGAUCCAGGAAAGGAAUAUCAAUUAUUAAAAGAACAAGAAACUCGUGUCGUUGAGAAACCAUUAGAACCAGGCAUAAUUUCAAGACAUGUCACAACAAAAUAUUAUAAAAAGAAGACGGUUACCGAUUCAACAGUGACAAAAUAA